UCAGUCGUGUACGUAACGUCGUCGAGUUGCAAACGCUAGCGGUAAAAAAUACAAUUAUAUUUGGCCCAAUAGCAGCAGCAGCAGCGGCAGCAACGUUGCACUGAAAGCAAAAAAAAAUUGAUAUCUGCGGGCUCUAUUAAAAGAGAAAAAAGUAAAUAAAUUUUGAAACUCGCUUGGUCUAUGACAAAACAAACGCACUUUCUUCGACGACAACGCAUUUCUAAGGUGCGUGUGCGUAUCGAGAGUGUGAGCGAGAGCGAUAGUGAGAGCGGCACGCGUGUGUUUUUGUGUAUGUGUUAGUUGCAGUUGUUGCGCCUUCAAAAGCUCACAACGCGAACAAUUUAAGCAAUUAAAAAUAUUAAAACAAAUCUGUAAACGCGCGCGUGUUUAUUUAAUUUGUAUUUUGAUCAUUGGGUUCGACAACCAUAAAAGCAUUUCCCUAUGAUUGGCUCAUUCUGGAAUCUGUGCAGAGCGUGCCCAUCAAUGCCGGUUGACAAGCAGCUCCAUUCGGAGUAUAGGAGCACUUAUCGUUGGCAUGAAUUUACGGGCAAUUCGCGGCCAGAGGUUGUGCGUCGGGCGCCAGCGCCAAAUCCAAGUCAAUUUGUUGGUCCAACAAAUGAGCCGCCAUUGCCACGGCGAAAAAAAUGCCCUGAAUUAGCAUAUAAAUCGCACGAGUUUAUUAUAGGAUCCGAAUAUACAGAUGCACGUCGAGAUGCCAGUGCGCACCGUGCACCGAGGUCGGAGGAGCGUGGCACACCUUCGCGCCGCAGCAAAUCGGAAGGACCACCCGUUGUGCCCAAAGGACGCCCUUAUCCCAUUGCAACGGAGAUCGAUGGAACUACUAGUAAACAGGCGGGUGAGUCAAAUGGCUUAUUGAAAAAGACCAUCACAAAAUUGAGCACUGAGUAUCGCCUGCAAUUCGUUUGGCCCAAUGACCGACGCAUUAAGGGCAACGAUUCAAACGUAACGACGACGGCGAGAGCCGCGGCCGGCGAUUACCCAAGAAAGUCAAUAUCAUUGGGGGCGAUCCGAACGGGUCAACAGCCGGGCCAGCCGACGCACAGUCACACACAUCAAUAUCAAACGAUAGGUGCCGGCUUGCCAACGGUGCAUAAAAAACGUACAACAAAUCAGAAAGAAGCCAAACUGCAUGAGCUGGAGCCGUUGGUUAGCGACACGGAUGAUAGAAAAACACACGAGAAACAAGUGAAUUUUGUUGAGCGCAAAAUUGUCACACGUCCGUUUUCGCAAGCAAUCGAUCACGAGCGUAUCAAUCGCUAUAUUACGAAAAGGGAGGACUUUGGUUUUGCCGAUGGCACAGCAGCUGCCAAGGAUCAUUACAAGCAAGGUCAGCUGGUGGUCACGAAUGGCAGUGCACCGCCGCAUUCGAAACCGAAUUUGGACUUAUGGUUCAAGGAGAUGGUCGAGCUGCGCAAGAAGGCCGGCGAAUAUAAGAGUCGCGGCUGGGGCGUAGAAAUCGAUCCGGAAUUGUAUAAGAAACAAAGGGAUCUUUGGGAUCAGGUUUCUAAGCGCAGCUCGCUAUCAGCACUGUCCCUAGCAUCCACUUUGCACAGACCUAUUACCAAGGAGGAGAAAGAGCAGGAGAAUAAUAAAAAAUCAACGCCAUUGCAAAAAACGACACAGCCACAAAAGCCACGAGUUCCUGGCCAAGCCUAUUUGAUUGAUAAUAAGGAUGAGAUUUCAGCACUGCCAGCACGUUUUAGUAAUAUACGCCAUCACUUGGAGCGCACCACGGGUCCGGCAGAUGUUGAGGAGGGCGCCUUACUGCCAUCCCCCACGCGGGAGAAACUGAUGCCAGCUAUGACCAAACGUGAGUCCGAGUCUCAACGUGGCAGUCCCAAGAAGACGGCCCUCUCGCGUCAUGGCUCGCCGCAAAAGGGCAGCCCCCAAAAGGGCAGCCCCAAGAAGGUCCUCAAAACACGCUCGCAAUCUGUGGGUCCUGGCGUCGCCGAGAAUGAGUCACCCAAGCGUCAGAUACGCUCGGCGAGUCAAGCGCCGACGAGCCGUAAAAAGGUACCGACAACAUCGGCCGGAACUGACCGUAAGCCACGCCCAUCCACCCUAUCCACAACAUUCCAAUCCCGCAUUAAAAGUAGUUCCCUACCACCGCCUAACGGUAAAGUAGCCGCAGCGCCAACAGCAUCAACCGCAGCAGCAACAACAACAGCCGCCCGUACAGCAGCAAAAUCCAAUGCUAAUCAUGCUAAUCAAUCACAUAUAUCACAAUGCAAGAGCUACAACAAAAGCGGCAGCAACAAGCCAGCAGCAACAUCUGCAAAACAACAACUACAGCAGCAGCAGCAGCAACAGCAACAGCAACAGCAGCAAUUGCGUAAGAAAGACAAAGAUAGAUCAAAUAUUAGUUGCAUUAGUCAAGUUGGUAGUAGUGCAAAUAGUGCGAAGCAUCAACAAAACAAACAGAAACAACAACAGUUACAACAACAACAGCAGCAGCAGCAACAACAGCAACAGCAGCAACAUAGGCAUGUUGCUGCUGCAACUGACACGACAGCAACAGCGGCAACAACAGCAUCGGUUCCAACAGCAACAGCAACAACAACAACAACAACAGCAACCACAACGGCACCCGCCCGACCUGUCACCAUCAACAUCAAACGCCUAACGGUACCAGGUCAGGAUAGAAAAUUGGCUGAAAACGAAGCCGAAGAUGGCCGUGAGACUGCAAUUUCAAUUUCCAGCUGCAGUCCCCAGCCAGUGCCCGAGGUGCCCGACGAGCCAUUGGUUAAAUCGCCGCCAGAGCCCACAAGGGUUAAAUCUCCGGAGCAGAUUAUAAUGCGCUCUCCCGAUCCAGUCAACUGGACGGUGCCCUUGGACACUGGCAAGACAUUUACCGUAACACAAAAUGUCAAAGAGGGCGAGAACUACAGCCGACCUCAGAGCGAGAUAAAAGCGUCAACGCCGGUGGAAAAGCCACCACCGCCACCACAAUCGGCACCGCCACAACUAACCGAACAGGCUAAAAUGGACGCCUGGAAGUCCAGCGGCAGCCCCACAACCAGCGCAGCCGCCGCCGCCGCCGCCGCCUCUGCCGCUGUCUAUGGCAAAACGCUGACGCCCACCCAACCGGGCGGCGCGGUCCGUUGCGAUGCCAGCAUCAAGCCGGAACCGGCUAUUUCAUCGUCCUCAUCGACAGCGACUGCGUCCACGGCACGUUCCACCGCCGCCGAUGUGUUGGAGAAGGCGCGUGACCGUUUCGAUCGCUUCUGGGGCGGCAGCAGCAGCAGCGCCACCAAGGAGGAGAACGUCUAAACGAAAAUUGAGUCAAAAGUGUACGAAGUGCAAAAUGUGUUGGACAUGAGCAGAAUUCAAUUGUGCAAACAGCGUUCAAAUUUUGACACUUAAUGUCGCCCCACAAGCAUGCAAAAGUCACAUUACUAUGUAUAACCUACAAAUUCAGCGCUGCGAAAUUAUCGAUAGUGCCACAGCUCGAUAGCUUUUAAAGUCGAUAACAUCGAUCGAUUUAUAAACGUUUAGUGUGGUAUUCUAUUCUACUAAAACAAAUUGGACAUUAGUCAUACUUAUCAUUAAUACGUACCUUUACUUUUUAUUUUUAUUACAACUCUUACUAAUGACGAGUUAAUUAAUUAAAAGUACAAAGAAAGUUUAUCGAUCAUUACACGCACGCGCACUUACUAUGCUAUCGAGAUUACCAUCGAUAGUUUUGCAGCACUGUUCUCUAUCCUAUUUCGGCUAAGCUUAUAAAGAAGAAAACUCGAAUGCUUAGUAAAUUAUACAAAAUUCAAAUUCCAACAUCCACGUUAAAGUAUCCAAUAGGAAUAUACUAGGAUUUCAACUGAAUUUAACUUAGAUGAUAUAUUUAUCAUUCAGGGAAUCAGUCGUAUUCUGCCCGAAAUAUGAUUUUCAGCAUUGCACAUAAAUUAUUCUUUCAAAAGUAAUACACUUACUUUCACUGCCUAUAAUCCCCCAAAGAAAGAUCAAGAAUUUUGCAAACACCCAAACACAAGCUGUUCAACAACGCAGAAAACAAAAAAAGAAGAUAUAAAAUAAAGUUCUUCAAAGUAUUUCGACAUAAAAAGAAAUCUUAUAAUAAUAAUAUAACGCAAGGACAACAUCACCGCAGAGACCCGUCCAACAAAAAAAAAAGUGAACAAGAUUAAGAAAAAAGUGUUUAAGGUAAAAGCCUCAAAUUUUUGUAACUUUCAUUAAGCGAGACAAACAAAAAAACACAGGAAACUCUAAUGGCAAAUUUCUUAUGCUGAGUAGAAUGGGUAAUGCAUAGGGUGAACUAAGCUGAUCCGGCAAAUAGAACACAAACUUGAAAAUAGAUUUUGCACAUGAACUACAAUUAAAACAAAAUUAAAAGAUAUUUAUGAUAUUUUAAGUAAAUUCUUUGGCUAUGAUGGUUAUAACACACACACACACACACACUUCGAAACAACACACUCAAACACACACAAAUGUACUGUACUACAACAAAAAUGAAGCGAAAUGUUAUACGAUAAUUGAAGUACGUUUACGAUUUUGCAAGACGUUCACCUAUAAAAGGAACUGUGAAAUUACUUUUGCGACAUACAUUUAAAAUAUAAAUAUGGCAUUAUCUAAUAGAACUAAAAAACAGAAACAUUGAUGCGAAUUGAGUGUUAGCAAAUUAACUAAAAUGCUUCCCAAAGAAAAUACAAACAUUUUACAACACUGAGAAGUUAUUUGCAAAUAUUAAAUACAUGAACAUGAGCGUAUUGAUUUUUUCUGAGUACAAAACAAAAACAUACUUAAAUGCUAAAUAUUUAUUAUGAAUUUGCAUCAGUAACAGGCAAAGUUUAAGUUAAAUAAUUAAAAUGGAAAUCAGCUAUAUAAUUUCACAAAAAAACCUAAAGCUUAAAAUGUAGUGUUAGUAAAAAUAACUGAAGUUAAAAUUUCACUACUGAUUAGUUUGUGAUCAACUUCAGUCUUGAGCUUAAUUGUUGCUUGCAUAUACAUUUCUAUUAUUAAAAGCAAACUAAAACAAAACACAUAAGUCUUUAUAUAUACAUAUAAAACAAACUAAAAAAAAACAAAGCUUCAGUGGUAUUUAUUAAAGCAGUUAAAGUAUGUAUUUUUAUAUGUUUUUCAUUGAAACGCUUGUCUGUUAGUUGAAGCUGUUGAGUUGAAAACUAAGUCUUAAAGUUAAAAACACAACCCAGUUUAAAAAAGAAAAACCAUGUUAUCCAGUUCCCUCAACAUUAAAAACUCAACAAACGUUUGUUUAUAAGAUUUCAAAAAAAAAAAAAAAACAAAAAUAAAACCAUAUUGCAUUAGUUAGAAACGAUUAUAAGCAAACGCUUAACUAUAUAAAGCCUUGAUGAAAUAAAAAACCCCGACACACACACACAGUCUCAAAACUCUCUUUCCAAUUACAAUUUGAUGUAACAGAAUGACAAAAAAAAAAAACAAAAAACAAACAAUAAUGAAAUAAUACAAAUUUGAAACUCAUUUAGUUUUAACUAU